UUCAGACGUUCCAAAGCCUCGGGGAGUUGGUUCGAGAUUGCCAGUCUUUGAUAAGGUCCUUACAACCUCACAACUUUGUCGUUCCAGAAAACCUACUGACAGCUUUCUAAAUACCACCGACUUUUAUUCAAUCGUGUGUUUCGGGAUCUAUAUAUUGACUCAAGCGUCUGGCGAUGUCAUUCAGUGAAUUUGAUUUGCUUCUAUGUUUUUUUUUUUUUUGUUAUCGGAAAGAUGUUUAGAUGUUUUUUUAUGUAUCUUCCGGGACCAGGCCGGCGGUUCUUUACUUUGAUGUCCACUGUUAAACCGUCAGCCGGUUCGUUUUGAAAUAGCCUAGAGGAGAUCUGCUGCUUGCUAUGACUGCUUGAAACAGUACCUGGGGAAGGGGAAACGAGCUUUCAUUUCAGGGUUGCAUUUUAUGUUCAUCUUCUUUCUGAGAUAAAAAAAAAAAAUCAGAGCGGAGUAGACUAACACCAGCAAUCUGGUUGCGUUAUUGUAAUACUUUCUGGGGUUGUUACUUGGUUUCUGUGUGAACCGUUUCUGAGCAGACGGGAAAGGACUCGUGUGCAUCGAUGAGUGAAAAGGAGCAGAGAAGCUCCCCCGCGGAUUUAAGAGAGUGAGGAGGAUUACAGUGGAGCUCAUAGCAGGCACAACGGUACACACGGCAACCGGAGCUGGAGCCAUGAGCAGAGCGCUUACAGACCAUAUCAGUAGUAGCUUCCGAGAAGAUGCUCCCCGUCCCCCGGUGCCGGGGGAGGAGGGAGAGGCGUCAUGUCAUACUCCCAGCAAACAUGCCAAAAUGAGAGCCCAAAAUAAGGCUAAAGCUGUCACCGUCGCGUCUCCCUGCUCCACGCCGAGGAGGAACGAGGAUGGACUCGGGGAACCUGAGGGUAGCGCGUCGCCGGAUUCACCCCUCGCCCGGUGGACCAAGUCGUUGCAUUUUCUCCUUGGUGACCAAGACGGUGCUCAUCUGUUCAGGACCUUUCUGGAGCGGGAGAAAUGCGUGGACACUUUGGACUUUUGGUUCGCCUGCAACGGUUUUAGGCAAAUGGACCUCAAUGAUACCAAAACGCUGCGAGUUGCCAAAGCUAUUUUCAAGCGGUACAUUGAAAACAACAGCAUUGUUGCCAAGCAGUUGAAACCUGCCACUAAAACCUACAUAAGGGAUAGUAUUAAGAAGCAACAGAUAGACUCUGCGAUGUUUGACCAAGCACAAACGGAAAUUCAGUCAACCAUGGAGGAGAAUGCGUACCAGAUGUUUUUAACUUCCGACAUAUACCUUGAAUAUGUGCACACUGGGUGCGAGAACACGGCUUAUGCCAACCAUAGCGGUCUCGGGAGCCUCAAGUUGAUGUGCGGAUUUCUGCCACCUCUCAUUGAGGAAGAGGAGUGGAGAUGUGACUUGAAGGCGAAAACGUUAGCCUCUGUGGUUGGACUAUCUGCCAAUGCGCUACGGGCCACUGCUUCCAUUCGGACUGCGGCGGAAGUGCUGGAGAAUGGGUACAGGUCACACAGACGCGGAGACGCGGCCAGUCCCUACUUUGUCAACUCGGGCUAUGUGUUCGCCCCCGCCACCAGUGCCAACGACAGCGAGAUCUCCAGCGACGCCAUGACGGACGACUCCAUGUCCAUGACCGACAGUAGUGUAGAUGGGAUCCCUCCAUACAAGCUGGGCACCAAGAAGCAGAUCCAGCGGGAGAUGCACCGCAGCGUCAAGAUCAACGGCCUGGUCCCGCUACCCCACUUUCCCAGGACACACAGGCUGCCUAAGGAGAUGACGCCGGUGGAGCCCUCGGCCUUCGCCGCCCAGCUCAUCUCCAGACUGGAGAAACUGAAGAGGGAGCAGGACACCAUGAGCUCCCUGGAGGAGAGGCUACAGCAGAUCCAGGAGGAGGAGGAGAGGGAUGAGAGUGACCUCCCCAGUGCCGUCCCGCUCCACCACCCCCUGCUUCACCCCUCGUCCGGCGCCGACGAGGACGCCCAGGCCAUCUUAGACGAGCACCUGUCCCGAGUGCUCAAGACGCCCGGGUGCCAGUCGCCCGGCGUGAUCCGCCACUCGCCCCGCUCGUGCUCUCCCGACCGGCCCUCCGCCGCCUUGGUCCCCUUCCUGGGGCCCUCCUAUCCGGGGGCCUCCAAGGGCCCGUUGGCUGGGAGCAGGCAGUCGACCAAGCACAUCCACCACCACUACAUUCACCACCACACCGCCACCGGCCCCAAGAGCAAGGAGCAGAUCGAGGCCGAGGCGGCGCAGCGCAUCCAGUGCCUCUGUCCCCCAGGGGGCGCCGACUACUCAGACUUCACCCCCGGCAGUUUGCCCAAGCGGCCAGGGAAGCCGUGCGAAGGCAUACGCCUGAGCCAGGCCAACGGCGGCGACGGGGUCACGUCCCCGCCCCACCUGCCCCUGGACGCCACGGACCGCUCGCAGAACGUCUGGCAGUGGAUCCUGGAGAGCGAGAGGCAGGGCAAGAACAAACCUCACGGCGGCACUCCGGGCCCGAAGAAGAGCCACCUCCCGGACCCCUCCACGCCCAAGACGCUUCCCGGCCGAACGCACUCUUCCUGGGGAGGCGUGGGCGGCGUGGGGGGUCACCUCCGUGGAGGUCACCAUCCGGCCCACCCCUUCAUCCAGGACCCGGCCAUGCCCCCCCUGCCCCCGCCCAACACUCUGGCCCAGUUAGAAGAAGCCUGCAGAAGGUUAGAGGAGGUCUCCAAGCCCCCCAAACAGAGGCAUUCAACGUCCAGCCUUCAAAGAGACAGGAGUCACCCUCUGCCUUUCCCCAGUGGAUACCCGCCUCUGAUCAGCCCCGCACUUCAAACAGACGAGUGGAAAGAGCCAAAGAAGUCGAUUAGCGGCGCGAGCGUGUCUGGCUGUGACCUGGUGGUCACCUACUUCUUCUGUGGCGAGGAGAUCCCCUACCGCAGCAUGAUGAAGACACACAGUCUCACCCUGGGACACUUUAAGGAGCAGCUUAGCAAAAAAGGCAAUUACAGGUACUACUUCAAGAAGGCCAGCGACGAGUUUGAGUGCGGGGCCGUGUUCGAGGAGGUAUGGGAGGACGGCGCCCUUCUGCCCAUGUACGAGGGCAAGGUCCUGGGUAAGGUGGAGAGGAUGGACUGAUGCCACCCUUAUGCCCACCCUUACCCAACCCUACCUUACCCCAUCAACCAAAUACCCAACCUCCAGGGCA